GUUCGAGACCAGCCUGAGCAACAAGAACAACAACAAAAUUAGCCAGGCAUAGUGGUGCACAUCUGUAGUCCCAGCUACUUGGGAGGCUGAGCUCUGCCUCCUCUGGCUUCUGUCCCUCCCCAAGGAAGAACCCCACAGGAAGGAAGGAGAAGGCAAUGGCUGCUUGGCCUCUGCCAUUGGGAGCUCGGUUUCAGGAGUCAGUGACCUUCAAGGAUGCGUCCAUAGAUUUCUCUUGGGAAGAGUGGAUUCAAGCAGAUUCUGCUCAGAGGGUGACCGUGUAUGGGGAGGUGAUGCUGGAGAACUACAGGAACCUUGUCUCACUGGGAAAUCACCUUUCCAAACCAAAUGGGACUUCCCAGCUGGAACGAGAAGAACUGAGUCUGAUGCAAAAAGAACCGCCUGAGGGUGGCUUUCUAGAUUUUCUUGGAUAUUGCUGCCAGAUUAAUCUGACAUUUAGUCCUCUCAUUAUCCUGUCCCAGUCAAGUGGAGAAAGUAUUGACUGAAUGCUGUGCUCAGCUCUUCCGCAGCCAGCAUCUCACUUACUUGACACAAAAUGUCUGUAGACCGGGAGACAAGACUUGAAACCAAAGAGCCAACUCCAAAGCCCAGCAUUACUGAAGAUUUAUGCCAUGGGGUAACAAUGGAAAGGGAAGCUUCAAGGGUCCCAACAGGGCUCAGCAAAUGGAUACCAGCAAUUACUGGCAAGCAGCCACUGUCCUGGGGAAGAGUAAACAGCCUGGUGAUGGAGGUCUUGGUCAAAUCCCCACCGUCUGCCUUCUUUGAAGCUGACCAGUGCUGCUAUCAAAAUGUGCCCAGCCAUGUCACUCUUUCGAAUCUAAUCAUUUCCAGGCACAGGAUAAAUCCAAAUUUCCUUCCUUCAAGGCCUGUAGUUACUCCUGCAACAGCAUCUCACAGUCUUCCUUGUUCAGUGGGCCCUCGCCAGUCAUACCGACCUUGCCAGGCCUGGAGUUCACCAAGCACACUUCUCUCUGGCCUUUUCGGCGCGGUCCCAGUCAGGAACGAGCCCUGUCGCCUCCUACUCCGUCUUCCGGACCCUCCCGAUCCUCUCUCGUCAGCGAUCGGGCGUCGCUCCCCUGGACUAACCUCCCUUGCCCCAUCUUCAACUUUUCGCUGGUCUGCAUCUUCCUGCGCCUUAGUGCAAGGCAGAGACCUAGUUCUAAAGCGAACAGAACGGAACCGAUUCUGGUUCCCAGGGCAACGCACAAGCGCAGUUCAGCUCCCGGCUGCAGACUCCAGCUCAUUGUGUUCUGACUGCGAUGUGGCGCUUGCGAUCUCUCGCCGCCGGCAGAGGCUCCUCGAAGAGCGACACGGGGCUGACCAGGCACGGUGGUCAAAGCCGCAGAGGGAGAGCAGGAGCGGUCGUGAGGUCGUCUGGGGAGAAGGGCGGAGGCAAAGCCGAGGAGGUGCGGGUUGUGGUCCAUUCUGGAGGACGCUGAUCGAAUGCCCCAAACUUCCCGGAAUCAGGUGUGUGGACCCUUCUAGCCUGAGGAGUCCUGCGGGUGUGAAGCUCCACACCUGCCUCCAUACACUUUGCCUGUCCCUAAGAGGGCUCAUCGGAGAAGAAAGAAUGGCUGUCAGCCACCUGCCAACCAUGGUCCAGGAAUCGGUGACCUUCAAGGAUGUGGCUGUACUCUUCACCCAGGAAGAGUGGGGGCAGCUGAGCCCAGCCCAGAGGGCCCUGUACAGGGACGUGAUGCUGGAGAACUACAGCAACCUGGUCUCACUGGGACUCUUAGGACCCAAACCAGAUAUGUUUUCCCAGCUAGAAAAAAGGGAAGUGUGGAUGCCUGAGGACACCCCUGGAGGCUUCUGUCUGGACUGGAUGACUAUGCCUGCCAGUAAGAAAUCUACUCUCAAGGCAGAGAUUCCUGAAGAAGAAUUGGAUCAAUGGACAGUAAAGGAAAGAUUCAGUCGCAGUAGUCACUGGAAGUGUGCUAGCCUGCUGGACUGGCAAUGUGGAGGCCAGGAGAUCAGUUUGCAGCGAGUGGUACUCACUCACCCCAACACCCCAUCACAGGAAUGUGAUGAAUCUGGGAGCACUAUGAGCUCAUCUCUUCACAGUGCUCAGAGUCUGGGAUUUCAACCUAGCAAAAAUGCCUUUGAGUGCAGUGAGUGUGGAAAAGUCUUCUCUAAGAGUUCAACUCUUAAUAAGCAUCAGAAAAUUCAUACUGAAAAAAACACAAAUCAGAAAAUUCAUAUUAAGGAGAAAAGAUAUGAAUGUAGAGAAUGUGGGAAAGCCUUUCACCAGAGUACGCACCUUAUCCAUCACCAAAGAAUUCACACUGGCGAGAAACCCUAUGAAUGUAAGGAAUGUGGCAAGGCCUUCUCAGUGAGCUCCUCACUCACAUACCAUCAGAAAAUUCAUACUGGAGAGAAGCCUUUUGAAUGCAACUUAUGUGGAAAAGCUUUUAUCCGAAAUAUACACCUUGCCCAUCAUCAUAGAAUACAUACUGGAGAGAAACCUUUUAAAUGUAACAUUUGUGAAAAAGCCUUUGUGUGCAGGGCACAUCUUACCAAACACCAGAAUAUCCACAGUGGAGAGAAACCCUAUAAAUGUAAUGAAUGUGGAAAAGCCUUUAAUCAGAGUACAAGUUUUCUUCAGCAUCAGAGAAUUCACACUGGAGAGAAACCCUUUGAAUGUAAUGAAUGUGGGAAGGCCUUCAGGGUGAACUCUUCCCUUACUGAACAUCAGAGAAUUCAUACUGGAGAGAAACCUUAUAAAUGUAAUGAAUGUGGGAAAGCUUUCAGGGAUAAUUCAUCCUUUGCACGACAUCGGAAAAUUCACACUGGAGAGAAACCUUACAGAUGUGGCUUGUGUGAGAAAGCCUUUAGGGACCAAUCAGCACUAGCCCAACAUCAGAGAAUUCAUACUGGGGAAAAACCUUAUACAUGUAACAUAUGUGAAAAAGCCUUCAGUGACCAUUCAGCCCUUACCCAACAUAAGAGAAUUCAUACUAGAGAAAAACCUUACAAAUGUAAAAUCUGUGGGAAAGGCUUUAUCCGAAGCACCCACCUGACUCAACAUCAGAGGAUUCACACAGGAGAGAAACCCUAUAAAUGUAAUAAAUGUGGGAAAGCUUUUAACCAGACUGCAAACCUCAUUCAGCAUCAGCGACAUCAUAUUGAUAUGGUAUGAAUGCAGUUUGUAUGGAAGACCUUUGAGACUGGGCAGAUUAAUUAUUGAAUGUAAGAUAAUCCAUUCUAGAGAAUAACUAUGAAAACUUACAUCAAGAUAGUUACUUUAUUUACUGAGGGUCAGGUUUCACAGUGUCAUGGGGUUUGGGCAUUUAAGAAUGGCAAACACUCGGCCGAGCAUGGUGACUCACGCCUGUAAUCCCAGCACUUUAGGAGGCCGAGGUGGGCGGAUCACGAGGUCAGGAGAUCAAGAUCAUCCUGGCUAACACGGUGAAACCUCGUCUCUACUAAAAAUAUAAAAAAUUAGCCGGGCGUGGUGGCGGGCGCCUGUAGUCCCAGCUACUCAGGAGGCUGGGGCAGGAGAACGGCGUGAACCUGGGAGGCAGAGGUUGCAGUGAGCUGAGAUCACGCCACUGCACUCCAGCCUGAGCGACAGAGCGAGACUCCGUCUCAAAAAAGAAGAAGAAUGGCAAACACUCCUCAUUCUUUAAUACUGCCUCAAAUAGCAGUACUGUUUGAUUCGUCUGAAUUACCAAGUAUCAGAACCCAAAUGGAGCUUCAUUAACAGCAUUAAAAUUGGUUUAUCAAAUUACAUUUUGACUAUUAGAGAAACGAAAUUGUAAAAAUUAAAGUUGAAAAGCAAAGGAACAAAAAGGUAAAAUGGCCUACAAGCAUUUCACUCUACUAGAUUCUCUUACAUAAGAGAGUUGCCAGCUUUAAUGGAAGCCUUAGUCCUCUCCUCACCCACACCACCGACACCCAGAAUAGAGAAAGUGCAUCACCCACACUUAUUUAAAUCACACUUCCUACCUUCUGCUUCAAACCAUCGAUUGUCAGAUCUCUCUGGUCUGUGUGUCCACUGGCCUGUAGAAUCCCUGUGAGAUGAUUUAUUUGCCCCAAAUGACCCUCUUCUGACUUAGCAACUCCCAACUGUCUGCAUGGUGCCACCUAUCACUGCCCCUAUGGGGAGUGUGGUGAUCUGGUCUCAGACACAGUCCACGAUGUUGAAUAUCACACCCAAAUCCAGCCUUCAGAACUUGGUAUCUCUGUCCAGAAGGCACAACUUGAUCAAAAUUCUUGAGUUAUGCAUUUCCUGCGGGCUUCAGCUUGACUGACCCUGGGAUGGUACCUGAAGGAGGGGCUUUGCCUGUGCUGCCUUUACCCUCCAAUUGUUCUGUACUUAGUGACUCUGCACAUCAGUCAGGGACUUGCUCAGCUUCAGGUGCAAUGAUCCACCCACUUAAGUUGUAGUAUUCCCAAUCACCUCCAUCUGUUGCUGCCCAUUUCUCUAUGUGCAAUUGAUAUAAGAGGUGAAAGCCCCAAAGCCAGUUCUCAGAUUGCUCUGACCCACUCUCUUCCCCCUGGCCAGUUCUCAGAAUGCUCUGACCCACUCUCUUCCCCUGGCUGGACAGUCCACUGUGUCCACUGCGUUAGAGUACAUUUACUACUCCCAGGAUAAACUGCUGCAUCCUGGUCCUUCCCCUGCUUUUUCUAGGUUUCUGGAGGUAGUAAUUCUAUAUUCAUAGGAAAGCAGACAGCUUUGAAUUUCUGCUUUUGCAUUUGGAAGUGGUCAUUUCCUCUCCUGCAUCUGGGCCUUCCACUAUUUAAAGACUCAUGCUGACAGUGGUGAGAAAAAUGUUGAGUAAUGAGUCAAAAAGUGGUCACUAGCACCAUUGAUAUUCUCUGGCAAGGGCCAUGUCCGUGUUCAAAAGUUUGAGUGGUACAGUAGUCCUGCAGGUUUAGUUCCUUUACCUUUUGUUUUCUUCUUUUUUUUUUUGAGACAGAGUUCUGCAGUGUCACCCAGGCUGGAGUGCAGUGGUGUGAUCUCGGCUCACUGCAACCUCCACCUCCUGGGUUCAAGUGAUUCUCCUGCCUCAGCCUCCCGAGUAGCUGGGACUACAAGCACCUACCACCAUGCCCAGCUAAUUUUUUGUAUUUUUAGUAGAGAUGGGGUUUCACUAUGUUGGCCAGGCUGGUCUCAAACGCCUGACCUCGUGGUCCGCCCACCUCGGCCUCCCAAAGUGCUGAGAUUACAGGCGUGAGCCACCGCGCCCGGCCACCUUCCCCGUCUUUAAUCCUUCAGUGCUUUCAGUAGAAAUCACACAGAUAAGUAACAUCUGUGCAUCACACACACACACACAGCCUCUGGGGGCCCUCUCCCUUUUCCUACCACAAGGAAUGGAGGAGCCUGCGCUAGUGCAAGCUGGAAUAUAUCAUGCAAUGAAGAUGGGAGACCAAGCAAAUUAUUCUGGAAAGUGAAGUGGCAAGUUCCUGUUCUGUGGGAGUGCUGUCCAUCAAGUUGAGCAACCUCCUGACCCCGAGAAUGCAGCACCUCACCCCCAUGUUACAGAAGAGGAUAUUCUAUAUCGUGGUAGAACUCAGUGGGCUCUGGGUUGCAACAUAGACUUGGAAGCUUUCAGCAGCUUCGAAGUCCAAGUAAUCUAAAUUCAGCCUUCAUCUAAUAAAGGCCACCUUUGUGGGCCAGCAUCUCCUGUGAGCUGAUCAGCAACUCAAGACUUUCUUCCCUAUUAAGCUGCGUGUGAAGCAGUAUUUCAAGAGGUUUCUUGGGAUUGCCUGUGUCCCAUGUCCUCAGAAGUUCAUCUGCAGCUUCACGCGGCUGACACCCUGAGAUUCCAGAGUAAACCUGAAGAAACCAUGUUCACUGCUACAGAUGUCUGUCUUCACCCCAUCCAUGUAAUGUGCCAGGUCUUAACUACCACCCCCUUAGCUUGAAUCCCUGAGAAGCACGUUUUUAAGCUGA